UCAAAAAUCGAUACUAGGUCAGGUAGUGUACAAGGUAAACUGCCAUUUCAUUUGUGUCGAUAAUCAGCAGAAAUAUGUACAUGUGAGAGCUGUGACUGAUAUUGGAAGUAAUUUCUGUGUCUUAUUCUGAACAGGAAAAGAAAGAAACUUCGUAAACACACUUUUGGCGAGUUGUCAAACUCAUUGUUGUUUCGGGUACUGUGCUGUGAUCCGAUCAAAGAGUACGAGCUGAGAGGAUUAUGCCGAAACAACGUCCUGAUAGUGCGCAAUCCCGCACGGCCUGGUCAGACGAUCUGGAUUUUGGAUCAGGUCAUGCAAGACCCGACAACCAAUUCGAAUUCCGGCCAAGAGAAGACCCUGAUUUACCAGAUAGCCCCGAUGCAAUGGAGAACGAAUAUGGCCAGAAACCGAAUUCACGAUCGGAUCGGGGAAAGGAGCAGACACAGGUUGCUAAAUCAAAACCUACCAGCUUCUGUGGCAAGAUUGGAAAGGGAAUCAGAUCACUCUGGGCCACCCGUCAGACUGAGGAGACAAAGGGAAAUCGAGAACUCCAUGUCAAGACCACUCUCAGAGAGCUGAUCAUCUACAUUGUAUUUUUGGUCAUUCUCUGUGUUGUGACCUUUGGAAUGACUUCGACAAAGAUGUAUUACUACACCAAGGUUAUGAGUGACCUGUUCCUCUCAACAUCACACGAUGGUGGUGGCACUUUCCAAACCCUCACCAAUGUUGAUGAUUUCUGGAAGUUCAGCCGGCAGACUCUGUUGAAGGGACUGUAUUGGGAAAAAUGGUACAAUGGUGAGGACAUCACAAAUCCUGAUGACCUUGGUUACAUCUACUAUGAAAACAAGUUACUUGGUAUACCACGACUGAGACAGCUGAAGGUCAGCAGGAACUCCUGUAUGGUUCAUGAGGACUUCAUGAAUUCAAUCCGUCAUUGCUAUGACUCCUACUCGGAGAAUUUGGAAGACAAAACAUCUGAUACCGCGUCCCACCCUGGUUACACAGCGUGGACAUAUAGGACAGAAGAUGAACUGGAAGGGUCAAGCCACUGGGGUCAGCUGACAACAUACAGUGGUGCAGGUUAUGUUCAGGAAAUGGUUGGGAACAACUACACAUCUGCUAAAGCACUGAUGGACCACCUGUUCAAUGAACGAUGGAUAGACCGGGGCACAAGGGCAGUCUUUAUUGACUUUACGGUCUACAAUGCCAACAUCAACCUCUUCUGUGUCAUCAGAUUCCUGGUGGAGUUCCCAGCAACGGGUGGUGCCAUUCCAUCGUGGACUUUCCGAACAGUAAAGCUGAUCCGCUAUGUGACUGUUCAGGAUUACUUCAUUAUGGCUUGUGAAUGUAUCUUUUUCCUCUUCAUUGUUUAUUACAUUGUGGAGGAAUCUCUGGAGAUCAAGAAGCACAAACUGUCCUACUUCAAAAAUGUUUGGAACAUCCUUGACAUCCUGGUGAUCUUGAUAGCAAUCCUUUGUGUGGCAUUUGAUGUGUAUCGAACCAUGGCAGUAGACAACAAGCUAAGUGUGCUACUGGCAAAUCCAGACAAAUAUGCUGACUUUGAGUUCCUCAGCUACUGGCAGACUAGGUUUGACAAUGCUAUUGCCAUAGCAGUCUUCCUGGCCUGGAUCAAGAUCUUCAAGUACAUCAGUUUCAACAAGACGAUGACCCAACUGUCCUCCACUCUUGGACGCUGUGCUAAGGAUUUGGCAGGUUUUGCUGUCAUGUUCUUUAUCAUUUUCCUGGCCUUCACACAGCUAGGUUAUCUCCUCUUUGGUACACAAGUGAAGGAUUUCAGUAAUUUCCAGAACUCCUUCUUCACACUGUUCCGUAUCAUCCUUGGAGAUUUUGAUUUCCAUCAACUGGAAGCAGCCAAUCGUGUUCUUGGUCCAAUAUUUUUCAUGCUGUUUGUGUUCUUUGUGUUCUUCGUUCUGAUCAACAUGUUCUUGGCCAUUAUCAAUGACACCUAUUCUGAGGUGAAGGGUGACAUGGCAAAUCAAAAGAAUGAGUUUGAGAUGGGUGACUACUUCAAGAGGGGUUACAUGAAGAUGGUUGAAAAAAUCAACUUCAAACGUGACAAGAUCAUUGACAUCCAGGAAGCUUUGAAGAGUGCUGACAUUAACCAUGAUCAGAAACUGCAGUUUGAGGAAUGGCGCACAGAUCUGAAAACUCGUGGAUAUGCUGAUAGUGAAAUUGAAGCUUUGUUUGCCAAGUAUGAUGUUGAUGGUGACCGAAUCCUAGAUGCUGAUGAACAGAAAUGUUUGGCUAAAGAUCUCCAGGACCAAAAGACUGCUAUAAAUAAAGAAUAUGAUGACUUAGAGAAGACAGGAAAUAGACCAGGCACAGCCCGCAGCAGAACAAGUUUCAAUGACGAUAGUGCAGAGGAAUCAGAUGACGAUGAAAGUGGCACCAAAUCAUCACGCUCUGGACGGGCAUCAAGUGGUGUUUCAUACGAAGAAUUUACAGUACUCUCACGGAGGGUAGACAGAAUGGAACACUCCAUAGGCAGUAUAGUUUCAAAAAUAGAUGCAGUAUUGGUGAAAUUAGAAGCUAUGGAAAAAGCUAAAUUAAAAAGAAGGGAAACAAUGGGAAAAAUACUUGACAGUAUAACAGAGUCUGAUGGUAAUAGUGAUGAAGUGAAAAGAGAACAGAUGGAAAAAUUAGUUCGUGAAGAAUUAGAAAGAUGGGAUUCAGAUACUUCUUUUAGCGGUAGUGGUCGAGGGGCAUCACCUAGUAGUGGCAACAGUUCCCGCGCGCUCAGAGCACGAUCUCGACCUGGUUCAGGAACCAACGUGGAUUUCAUUUAUGACAGAGGAUACCAAAGCAACGUUUAGACAGAAAACUAAAGAAGUUAACGGUGGAACACAACACAACUCUCUAUCAUUCCUGCCUGGUGUUAUGUAUACGUAGAUUGGUGUACUUGUUUAACUUUACAAUAGUAUCUUUUUUUACUUGCUUCAGCGGUUCACAAAGCAAAAUCAUGACCAGAAAAUUAUACAAGCAAAUGUUUUUUCUCUCAAAGUUAUUGGUUGAAUGAGAUAACAGUUUGGUGACAGAAAAGAUGAUAAAAGACAGCACACGAACUUCCGAAGAAUUUGUAACCCGCAAAGUGGAGAUCAAGCUUAGGCGAGUAGUGAAAAAUUAUCAUCUGAUUUAUACCAGCUAUGGUCUAUAAACUUCACUGCAUAAUGAUUACCAUGGUCAGAAUAUUAUACAGUUAAUGUCUAUAUGGUGUUCAAUAUUGGAAAGUCUGUCCAUUUUAGUGACACUUGUUGUUUCUAACAACACAGCUGAACUUAUGCAAACAUUUAAGAAAAUAAGUUAUGCAAAUAUGUAAGAAAAUAUUUAUUCAUUGUAAGUUUAUUUUUAAUGAAAAUCUCUUUCGAUUGUUUAUGUCAAACUGAUGAUGUUCAAAGAUAUGUGAAAAAAUAUUUCAUCAAGAAGUAUCAAUAGGUAUAACUAGUCAGUGAUAAUUACAAAACAAGAAUCAAUGAGAGUGAUUGAAAUAUAGUGCUGAUUAUCUUAACUAAAAAAAAGUGCUCAAACAAUCCAUAUAAGGUUACAAUUUAUGUAGAUACCAUCUUCAAUCAUGGCAAAUUUAAGAUUCUGGGAAAGGAAAAGUUCCAAACUUAUUCCAACAAAUACCCUAGGCUACUGUUAACACCUACGCAGGAGAACCAUUUCAAUUUAUUUCAAUGUUUUUUUUUUUUUUAAUUGUUUUAUCUAUACAUGUUAACUAUAUGGCUUAGAAUGUUAUAGAAUAUAUAUAGAUGUAUCAGCUGUAGAAUCUCCCCAGAAAUGGGAUCAUUUUAAAUGUUUGAGCAGUUUUAGAAAGAGUUAUAUCAUAUAUUUUAGCAAUAUGAUCUACGAUUUUAUCUUUAUUGUUUGGUACAAACAAAAAUUAUGUUUACAGUUUAAAGUCCGUCCAUUACAUUACUGAUUUGUGAUCAUUGAUAAGAGUAUAUACCUAAAAUAUGAAAGUAAUUUAUUUUUUCAUUUUGGUGAUGCUAAUGAUACAACCAUUUUUGGAUUUUUAGAAAUUGUAUUAAUUAUUGACUCAAUUUAAGAUUGAGAGCUUCAGUAAAUAAUCCAGCCCAACGUGUUGUAUUUUUUAUUCUGAGAUUUUUUUCAUAUUCCUUUGACAUGUGGGGAAUGCAACUUGUUGAUCAGUCCAUUGUUAUCUCCCUUACCUUGUUCUGUGUGAGAACCUAUCACACAUGGUUUUAUCUAAAAAUGUGAUGUUAAAUGUAAAUCAAAAAGUAUUAAAUUACAAUUUACUCCAAUUUGAUAAAAUACUUUUGUGUUCAUGUGGAAAGAGUAACAUACAGUCUACAAUUGUUUUGUUGAAUUUUUAUUUAUGUCUAAAACUUUAUACAAAUUAUCCUCACAUUGGUAACUGAACAACAAUCCUCAAUUGGUCAAGUGUUGAACCAUGGGUUGAGGGGCUGCACAAUUGUAUUAACACUGUCAGAGUAUACAGAUACUGUACAGACACAUAGUCUGUAGCACUAUAUCAGAAAUCCGUCCAAGGAAAUAUAUCUCUUCACCAUCCUCACAUAGUCUUCUAUGUUGGAACUUGCCUAUAUAUACGUGUGUAUUAGCGAUGUAUUUACCAACUGUUACCAAAAAAAGGAAGCUUUUUCAUAUAUAAGCAAGUUGACAAGGAAUGCUAAAGUAUUUUGAUUCUGUGUUUCAAGCUUAUAUUUAGAUCCAGUUUCAUCAAAGUAUGGGAUGUGUUACAUAACAUUUCCAAAAGGGAUGAUUGUUGGACUAUCUGAUGAUUGUGAAGAGAUGAUCUAGACUUCUCUUAAUGUGAUGUAUUUUUAUUUUACUGUCUGUAUGAGAUAGAUGUUAAUAUUUUGUUAAUGAGUUGAAUAAAUAUCUUUCAGCAAUAUA